AUGUACGAUACGUUUAAAGGCGAUUAUGGAAAUAUCACUGCAAUGGAUUGCACAAACACAAUAAAUUUUGGACUUCGUUGUUUCAUGUACAAUAAUUUAUUAAUUGCAAUAACACUGUCGUGUAAUUUGCGUGAAAUUCCAGACAUCUGUUUCCAAAAAUGUAAAAAAAUCAAAGAAAUUAAUUCGGAACACAUUAGAGUGUUUGGGGAGUAUUGUUUUGCGUACUGCAAAAGUCUAAGUGCUCUUACUUUGGGCACAAACAUCAUUAAAACCGCGAAAAAUGCAUUUGUAUAUUUAACUUCAAUUCAAAAUGUUACGGCGCCCGGAGUCAAGAAAGUUGACUUUGAUGUAACAGCAUCUUCCUCGAAGGCAUUUCUUGAUAUAAAAAAUAAAAUUAUAACAACACAAUGUGAUGUAAACAACAAUAUUUUGCCAGCCUUUUUAUCGGAAGAAAUUGAAUGUUAUUCGUUUAAUAAUAGGAGCGGACUAUCCGAUAUAAAUGUUGCAAACACUGUCACUUGCAUUGCUGAUAAUUCGUUCUCAAGUUGUGAUAUAGAGCCACUUAAUUUGUCGUAUGUAACGCAUUUUGGAUCUCAACGGAACAUGACGCGUCUAACUGCAAUAACAUUAAAUAGUCAUGUCACAAUAAACAAUUUAUACAAAUUUACUGGACUUAAAAAAAUAGAUGCUAUUAACACCAAAAAAAUAAACGUGAAGGCUGCGUGCUGGAUGAAAGAAAUGUUAGACAAGAAAAGGCUUGAAGUUAAGGAGUUUUGUUACACUCAACAAGAUGUGGAUAAUUUUAAAGGUAUAUUUUUUUAA